AUGUCCGGCUCGAAGUGCACACGGCUCAGCGGGGCUCUGGUCAAGCAGCUGCUGGACUCCGUGGACAGCGUCCUGUUCGACUGCGACGGGGUGAUCUGGCGGGGGGACCAGGCCAUCCCCGGAGCCCCGCAGGUCAUCAACCUGCUCAAGAAGAGCGGCAAGAAGGUCUUCUUCGUCACCAACAACAGCACCAAGACCAGGAAGAUGUACGCCGAGAAGAUGACCACGCUGGGCUUCAACGUGACGGAGGAGGAGGUGUUCGGCACCGCGUACUGCUCCGCCAUGUACCUGAAGACGGUCUGCAAGGUGGACGGGAAAGUGUACCUGAUAGGAAGCAACGCAAUGAGGCAGGAGCUGGAGGCGGUGGGCAUCCAGCAGACCGGGGUGGGACCAGACCUCAUCUCCGGGAAGCAGGCCGACUGGGCCAACGUGCCCCUGGACCCCGAGGUGAAGGCGGUGGUGGUGGGUUUCGAUGAACACUUCAGCUACAUGAAGCUGAACCGGGCCCUGCAGUACCUGACCCAGCAGGGCUGUCUGUUCGUGGGGACCAACAGGGACACCAGGCUGCCUCUGGAGGGAGGGAAGGCUGUGCCAGGUACAGGCUGCCUGCUGCAGUGCGUGGAGACGGCAGCCCAGUGUCAGGCCCAGACGGUGGGCAAACCCAACCACUACAUGUUCGACUGCGUGGCCUCCCAGUUCGGCGUGGAGCGCGAACGCUGCCUGAUGGUCGGCGACCGUCUGGACACGGACAUCAUGCUGGGUUCCAACUGCGGCCUGAAGACCCUCCUCACCCUGACGGGGGUCAACAGCGUGGCGGACGCCGAAGCCCACCAGAAGAGCGGCUGUGCGGAGAAGCAGGGGAUGGUGCCGGAUUAUUAUGUGGAGAGCAUCGCGGACCUCCUUCCAGCUCUGCAGGGAUAAGACUGAGACAUGUUGCUAAAUGAUCUAACAGAUUCAUCUAACCGCUUACACGCCAGGGUCCACUGUCUUUUAAAAAGGAAUAUUUUUUUAUUUUAUAAGAUCAAUAUGAUAAAAUCAUCUGUAUAACAGUAAUCUGCUGUGUGACAAAGGAAACAAAGUUUCUAGAGACACUCCUCAGAUUUUAUUGUCUUUUACUAAAACAGCAAGUUUUAACAUAAUUUAAAUGGAAAAUAACGGAAGAACAAUAAGCCUCAGUAUUGUUUUAAUGUACUUAAGUGUUAAAGAGGCGAAAAAAAGCUGAAUUUAUGUUCCUUUUUUAAGGAGAGUUGUGUACUCAACAAGCCUUUAUUCUGUCUGUGAUGCAAUCUCCACUUAAGCAACUACAAGUCAAACUCAAAAAGGGAAACGAGCACACAGUGUCAACAGUUUGGUAAUACACGCUCAGGUUUACAUCUGUUCAAAGUCUAUAAAUAACAGGCAGACAAGACAAGUAAGACGCACUGAACUGGUCAAACUUGAGCUUUCUGUGUUCCUUAACUUAUUUGAAGACCUCAGCAGAAUGCGCUGAUGCCUGCACUGAGAUUCAGAGGAUGGUGCAAUGAUACCCAGCUCUGUCAUGUACUUUAUUUUAUGUCUGCAGUGUUAAUUAUUCUAACUGAAACACAGUGACAUUAAUGUAUGGACUUAGCAACACUAUCUCUUCUGAAGCCACAAUAAAACAAACCAUUUCCGCUGAA